UUGAAAUAGAGCCUCCAUUUAGAAUGUCCACAUGAUUAUUAUGAUAAAUGUUGCACCUUUAGUUUAGAUCAUAUUCAUGGCAUCAAGGAUUCCUGAGUUGCAAUCAAAGGUGACACAAGCCUCUCAAGUUGUUGCUAAGAAUGGAGGUUCCUACUACAAGCUAUUGUUGGAACAGAACAGACACUAUAUCCAAGAGCCUCCCACCAUUGAAAAGUGCCAAUCAUUGGCUAAACAAUUGUUUUAUACUCGCCUUGCAAGCAUCCCUCUUCGGUACAAUUCAUUCUUGAAGGAUCUGGAUUAUGUAAAGAACAUAGUGAAGAACAGACAUGAUCUAAACAUAGAAGAUGUUGGCAUUGGUGCUUUGUUUGGACUAGAGUGUUUUGCAUGGUUCUGGGGGGGUGAGAUUGUUGGUAGAGGAUUCACAUUCACUGGCUACUAUGUUUAACUAUUUCAAUCAUUACUCAUUCAUCUAUUGAGAUUGCUAGUGAGAUCAUUUUCAUCAUCAAGUUUUAUACCAUCUCUUUUGAUUGAUUCAUCAGAUAUUUUGAUGAUGUUGCUUCAAGGCUAUUUUUAAAUCAUCAUGAACUAGCUUUUCUCCUUUGCUUGUUUGGUACGGAUGCUAGUGGCAUUUUCGGGAAUUCACUACCCAUGAUCUUAAACUAAAAGAGGAUGGAAUAUAAUGAAAAUUUG